AUGAAGUCUCUCCGAUUCAUUAGUGCCGAGGCAUUUGUGUCAAAUGCAGAAUUUGCCAGGAAGAGUCUCAGCGCUGUUGCCCAUAAUCUUUUUCCUCUUCUUUUUAAAGCCAGCUAUUUACUGGAGCAAGGGGAAGUGAUUCAUGACUUGGUAGAGAACUGGCCACUUGUUGACUUUAACAUGGGAAAACUUUUGGGAGCUACUGUGGACUAUGAGGAAGACCUGAGCCAUAGAACAUGUUCAGUGUGCUUGGAAAGCUGUCUGACAGGGCUGAGAGACUAUGUGCUGAAUCAUCCUUCUCCCUACAUGAAAAGAUUGAAAGUGGUCGACCUGACAGGCAUAAAAGAUGUUGAAGUUCAGUUUUGUGAGUGCAAGAAGACAAUGGGCAGGUGGGCCAGGACACAGCUGCUCUCUAAGCUUUGUUUAGAACUUCUGGUUUACCUGCAACAGGCACAGUGCAAUCCAGGUACCUUUGAAAUCUGUAUUGAUGUGCUAAUUGACUUGUUUGUUACAGAGCGGAACUAUGAGCUGGUUGCACAGGCUCUGUUGAAGAAAUGCUAUUGUCCACUGAAGAUCUGCUGUGUGGCAUUCAGAUCAGACAACCUGACUUUGCAGAAAUUCUUCUAUAUCAUAAAGCUCACUGAUCCUUCUUUGUUGCGCAAACUGGAAAUAGUUCACAAUGUUCGCUUGGAAAUGGAACACCUGGAAAUACUCUUCAACAGUAUCCACUUCCCUCUAUUGAUGUCCUUGACCUUGCCAGCACGAACAUUUAAUGUGCGGAGGUUCACAGCUACAGAUGAACAGAUGCUUUCUAACAUUGGAGAAAAGAUGGGUGAAAUGACACAGCUGACUGAGCUGAAUAUGUCAUUUUCUAUACUUACAGGAAGAAUACAGAAGCUGCUCAGCCCACUAAAAACUCCACUGAAGAUGCUGGAUGUCUCUAACUGCUUCUUGAACCAUGCUGAUAUGGCCUAUUUAGCCAAUAGCUUCCAUGCUAACCACUUAGAAGCCCUGGACUUGAGUGGACAUGAUAUACCUGGCCUUUACCCAUCAACAUUCUUUAAGCUCCUCAGCCAUUCCUCUUCAGUGCUCAGGAGUCUUACCCUGGAGGACUGUAACAUCCAAGACACUCAUGUCAACAUGCUGAUUUUAGGUUUAAGCCCCUGCCAGAAGCUGCAGGAGUUUAAGUUUAUUGGAAACCCACUGUCAUCCCAAGCACUUAAACACCUUUUCACAUUUCUCUGUGAAUUGCCAAUGCUGAAAAACGUGGAGUUCCCAGUUCCAAGGGACUGCUACCCUAUUGGCAUAACCUACCCCAUUGAUGAUGCUAGUCUGUGCAAAUUUGAUCAUCAAAAAUAUGAAAGUGUAGCAGAGGAGCUUAACCUCAUUUUACUCCAAGCAAAUAGGGAGGAUGUGAAGGCCUCAACACCACUCUUUGGGAGUUAUGAUGCAGCUGUUCAGGAGACAAACAAUGAACUGGGAGCUUACUUGAUCAAGUCCUUCAAAGAGACUCUAGAAAAGUUCACUACUUCUUUUAACAAAAUGAGUUAA